AGAGAGAGAAAGAUCUCGUUUGAAAACAAAAGACAAGAGAAUUAAAAGUGAGAAGCUGGGAAAAGAUACUAGUGUCGUCCAAGUUGGCACUUCCCAAGAUUUUCAUCAAUAAUGAAAACUUUGUUUAAAAUUACUCUCUUGUCCUCUUUCAAACCUUGCGAAAUUACUUUCUUGUCCUCUUCCAACCGCACGCUCUCCCUCUCUCUCUCUCCUUUUCCAUUCCCAACAGUUGCUACUUUUGUACCCAUGUUUUUAUAGUUUCAACCCUUUAAUUCAAAUUUUCAAAACAUCUCUCUCUCUCUCUCUCCUCUUUCACUCUCUCUCUCUCUCUAGCCUUUACUUGGUGUCGGUUAAAUGCACUAUGCGUACAGUUUUUACAACUUCUCUCGUUUCCCUAAAAGAGCUUCUCUCUCUCUCUCUCUCUCUAGCCUUUAUAAAAUAAACAUAUGUAUUCAUAAUAUAAAUGCCAUUCAAACUUAAAAUUCCAUUUCUUCUUCCUCUUCUCCUUUGUUUGAUCGUCCAAGAAUAACAUAAUCAGGCAGGUUCAUCGCGGUUGCAUUCACAUAGUUGCUUUAAUUGAAGAAAUAAAAUGCCUCGAUCAAGAUCCACAGAAAUGCCACAACGGCAAUCAUCUCUGCGGGGCCCACCUAAUAUCCGUACAUCGUCGAGCUCCGAUUCGGAUCCGCUACAUCACCGGCCACGAACCGAGAGGAGUCCGAGGCUAUCGAACGGUCGAUCCCCUCGCAUCACCUCGCAAUCGGAGCCGUUGAAUCAAAAGAAACUCGGAACCCGAAUCUCCGAUUUGGAAUCUCAACUCGGUCAAGCGCAAGACGAGCUCAAGUCGCUCAAGCACAAGAUCGCGGCUCAAGAAGUACUCGACGACAAAUCCGAGGAUCUAUCGAAGAAUAUUCCUCGAGUAUCGAACAAUGAAGAUGAGGGAACUGACGUUUUCGAAGUUUCGGUAGAGAAAUUAGUUGUGGAAUCUAAGUUGACCGAAUCUCCUUUAGAUGACAUAAAUUUGGUAAAGUCAAUGUUGGAUGAGAGAGAAAAAGAAUUGGAGUUUUUCCGAAAAGAAAACGAGAACUUGAAGCGCCAGCUGGACGAUAAGUCGAUGAAGUUGUCGUCGUCCGAAUCGGAGAUUGAGGAAAUGAGUUUGAAGUUGAGGAAGGCCGAAGAUGAGGUGGUAAAGAGUAGAGUAAGUGGGGCCCGCUUGAGCGAGAAGCUAGAUGCUACCGAAAAGGAAAAGGAGGAGCUAGAAAACGAGAUGAAGAGGCUUAAAGUGCAAACGGAGCAAUGGAGAAAAGCGGCGGAAUCUGCAGCGUCGGUUUUGGCUGGGGAAUUGGAGAUCAACGGUAGAGGAAUAUCGGAGAGAUGUGGUUCGAUGGACAAUAAGUAUUACGGUCGUGCAUUUGAGUAUGAACACGAGGAUGCUUUCGGCGGUGAAAAGAGGAGAGUUUCGGGUAUUCGAAUGUUUGGAGACUUGUGGAGAAAGAAGGGCCAUAAGUAGAGUGUUUUUCACAAUGAUAUUUAGGAAAAUGGUUUUGAUCUCUUACCAUUUUUGCAUGUGUUUGUUUCUAGUGUUUGAUGUAAUAAGACCUAAUUCUCUUGGAUUUGUUGUUUGAUUGUAUGUGUUUGAAUGUAUGUGCUUAGUGUAAAA